GUGCUUAGUACUUUCAACACAUCGUUACAACGGCAUGCAACACUAUUGAGUUUUGGGACGGAGUCGAGAGACCUUUUUUCUGAUACCAACUCAAAAGCCCUGCUUUUCCUGGAACCUUACUCGUAAAUAUUUACACUAGGUUGUCCAGUGCAAGAAGUCUGUGACAAACAGUAUAAGAAACUCCUCAGUUUUCACUCUGCAGUGCGCCCCCAAGAUGUGCACAACUCGCUUGCAUAUGUGUAAUCUCGCACACUAGCAGGAUGGCGCAACAGUCACGAUGUUCGAAGCUUCUUGACCGGUUGAAUCCCCAUGCGGACGGGCGAGCGCACGCGUUGCAGUCAUGCCUAGGCCCAGCAAAACAGCUUAGUGGGUAGGGAACACAGCACUGAAUGGACGAACAGGAUGGCGCUGCGGCGGGGGGCAGCGCCCCGUCAAGCCCCCCGCGAGGGUCGCGUGCCGCUGGGCCCCGCGCGCUCUCCAAAGGCGGCAAGGGCGCCAAAUCCCAGGCCGCCCGCAGCAUCCUCUCCCACCCCGAGCUGCGGGAGACGAAGAAGAGCGGCGGCGUUCGCUUUGGCGGCGACGUGACUUCUCCGCAGGGCGGCGGGGAGCUCCGCUAUGCGGGCGGUGGCUUUGCCGCACUGCCGUCCGUCAAGCGGCGCGCGGGGGGCGUCGGUGGGCGCAGCCUGCUGCCGCUGGCACCGCUUCCGUCCAUCAAGCGUCACGGCACUAGCCCGGGGUCCCGCCGCGACACUGCUAGCCCCGUCUCCUCCGCGCCCGAGAGCCGCACACACUCCGCCACCAGCAGCGCGGGCGGCCUGCUGUCCGCCCAGGCCUCCAUGCGCCGGGCCGCCGAGUCGGGCGGCGCAGCUUCCGAGUACGAAGAGGGAGACGACUAUGACGGUCCUGAACGCGAUCGCAACUCUGGCGGCACCGGCGGACGCGACAGCGGCGCCGGGGGCGCUCGCGGCAGCGCCUUGGCCGGCUUCGCGAUCCGUCCCAGUGGCCCAUCCGUCAGCACGCUUGCAAGCCAGAUCGUGGGGCUCAUGCAGUCGCGCGCGGGCGUGGGCAAUGGAACCAUGGGACGCAACAUAGCCGCCGCGUCGGCUGCCGGCAGUGGCGGCGCCAGCACGGGUGGGCGCGGCGGCCCGGCGGGCUCGCAGCACGGCGGCCCACUGGAGGCGGCGGAGCUGCUGCCGGAGCCGCCGGAGGACUUGCCGCAGCUGCACCGCAGCAUCUGGUUCAACGACAACGUGGAGUCGGUGGUGGAGAUGCUGCACGGCCUGCCGCCCGGCCAGCGCCUGGGCGAACCCGCCAUCUGGGUCAACCCACGCCUGUACCCCGACAGCGCGGCGGCGGCGGCGCAGAAGGCCGCCGCCGCCGCCGGCGCCCCUCCCCCUGCUGCCCAGCUGCCGCACGGCACCGCCCGCUCCUCCUCGCUCUCCGCGCCGACGCUGCCGCCCUCGCCGCCCACCGCCGCCACGCCCGCCGCCGCGCGCGAGGCUCUGCAGCAAGUGCUGCGUUUCAACUUCCUGCUGCACGCCUGCCACCCGCUCACCAUCGCCGCCGCCAACGGCAACGCCGCCAUGGUGGACAUGCUGCUGGCAGUCAUGGAGGAGGAGUGCCUGAUCAGGUAUGCCCAGUCCUGCGGCGGCGGCGGCGGCGGCCGCCAUGGAGGCGGCGGCGGCGGCGCCAGCUCGCGACCCGCCUCCGCGCCCUCCUCGCGGCGCAACUCGGGGCGGCUGCAAGAGGCGCAGCUGACGUGGAGCAAGCCGCCGCCGGAGCUGCCGCCCGGCUGUCCCUGGAUAACGCCGCUGGCGGCUGCGGCGCUGGGCGGCUGCGGCGAGUGCGUGCGGCUGAUCGCCACCAGCAUCAAGCGCGGCAAGUCCGGCGACCGGUCGUUCUACGGCGCCUUCAGCUUCCGGCCGCUGGUGCUGGCGCAGAGCGCCGAGGUUGUUCAGACGCUGUGUGACUGCGGCGUGGUGGCCAGCAGCAUGUUCAGCAUGUUCACCAAGUCGCUGCGGCGCAUGGCAGCCAGGCAGAUACAGCAGCAACACGCCAAGGACGGAGCUGCGGCGUCAGCAGGAGGAGGGGGGGCAGGAGGAGGGGGAGGGUUAGCAGGGCUGCUGGGCGCGGGCCACGGCCGCUCAGCAAUGAAGCACGCGAGCGGUGGAGCGGGUGCUGGCAGCCACGGCCCCUCAGACGGCGGCGCGGAGGGCGGUGGCGGUGGCGGCGGUGGCGGUGUGACGUUUGGCCAGAUCGCUGGUCGCAUUCGCGAGGCCGCGGCGGUAGGGCCCACGGCGGAGUCGCCGUCUGGCGCUGACGCAGCCGCAGCCGCAGCGCCGCGCUCGCGCCGGUCCUCACUGGCAGGCAGCAAUGCCCACCCCCACUCCCACCCGCACCCCCAGCAGCACCCGCCAGCGCACCUGCCGAACCAGGUGGCGCCUCCGUCGCCUCCCGGCCACGAGGGAUCCGACGGCGGCGCACGUGUCAAGUUCGUAGAGGCCGAUACAGCCGCCGCCGCUGCAGCCGCCACCAGCCCGGCCGGGCGAGCCAGUGGCAGCGGCGGUGGCGGCGGCCUUGCGGGUUUGUUGGUAGACACGUCAAUGACGGUGGCGGCCGCGGUGGGUGUGAUGAAGGCGGGUGCGGCGGCCAAGGAGACGGCGCAGGUGUCUGAGCUGCUGCUGCUGCGGGCGCGGCUGUUCCACGACUGCCACGGGCGGCCGCUGGAGGCCUCCCUGCGCGGCUGCAACUGGGCCACGGUGCAGUCGCUGUACUGCCUGAUCUCCAUUGUGGAGCACGGCCUGGAGCCCGACUGCUUCCUGUCCUACACCGAGCACCCCAACCUCAACUCCACCUCGCUGCUGAACAUCCUCGUCCGCAACUACGAUGCCGCUACCCGCGCCGCCGCUGCAGCCACCGCCGCCGCGCAGGCGGGCGGUGGCGGCGCGGGCGGCGGAGGCGGAGGCGGUGACCUGCUGACAGAGGCGCGUGUGACACUGGAAGGAGCUAUUUUGGCGCUGCUGGAGCAUGGGGCACUGGUGGAUGAGCGGCCGCGGCGCAACUUCAUGCGCGCGGCGCAGGCGGGCGGCAUCCACAACACGGGUGUGGUGUCUGAAGUGGAGUCGGCACUGGACUACGCAUUUGCGUUCGGCCCGCCAGAGGUGCUGGUGCCGCUGCUGCAGCACAGCAACAGGCGGCCGAAGGAGCACAGCAAGGCCCUGGCGGCUGCCGCAGCCGCCGUGGCCAAGGCGGCAGAAGCGGCCGGCGGGGAGGCUGGCGAGGCGGCGAAAGCAGCGCUGAUGAUAGCGUUGGCGGCUGGAGGCGAGGGGCUAGGUGGUGGUGGCGGCGGCGGCGGCGGUGGUGGUGGCGGUGGUGGGGCGGGGCGUAAGUGCCGGCCGCCGUGGAUGGGGCGCAAGCAGAGUUCACCGCUGCUGGCGUUUGGUGGGGAGCUGCAAAAGGCUUUGGCGCGGGGUCGGCUGCCGGAGUGGCUGCAGAGCUGCAGGCUGACGGACCUGAUGCGCGACCUGCUGCGUGCCAGCAUGGCCGCCGACGCGCACACCGCCGCCGGCGACCUGGCCUGGCUGACGCUGGAGGUGCUGGAGCGCGGGCUGCGACACGAGUUCGACGGCCUGGCGGAGGCGGCGCUGAUGGCGGCGGCGGCGGCGCAGGAGACUCAGCCGUCGCCGCGUGCCACGGUCAUCACAGUCGGUGACCAGUUCGGUGUCGACCAGUUCGGUGACGCCGGUACAAGCACCGCUGACGGCGCCGGUGCGGGUGCGGGUGCGGGUGCGGGUGCGGGUGCGGGCACGGCGGGUGGUGGUGCCGAGGGACUGCUGGGCCUCAGUGGAGGCGGCGGCGGUGGCGGCGACGACGACGGCAGCUCAGAUCCUGCCGGCUCCAAGGCGCAGCAGGAGGUGCUGCAGCAGCUGUCCAUCGCGUACAGUGUGGUGCGGGGCCUGUUCCGACACACGGCGGAGGCGACCCUGGAGCUGCAUCAGGGAUUUGGACGGCACGACAGUGGGAUGGAGGCCCAGCGCUCGGUGUCUGCACACGGCGGCGCCGGCGGCGGCUCGCGCGGCGCACGUGAGCGGCUGCUGUUCGUCUCCGUCAGCCCCGCCGCGGCCGCAGCGGUGCAGUGGCCGGUGCUGCUGCGGCUGGUUGCACGCAUCAGCGCGCUCACACUCAACCCGCCGCCGACCUUCUCUGGCACCGCCGGCAAUGUGUCUGUCUUCACCGCCGCCAAGGCCGUAAACCAGCUGCUGUAUGUACAGGACUGGGCCAUGGGCCAUGACCCGCUGGCCGGCGCCGGCGGCCGCUCCGCACACUCCACAGCAGCAGGCGCCGACGACCUCGCCGUCGCCGCAGCCGCGGCGGCCGCGGCCUCGUGCGGCCCGGAGGGUGGCGGCAGCUUCGCCUCAGCCCUGGCGGCGCCCGGAGGCAGUGUGGUGGACAUUGCGCUGCUGCACGAGCUGGCACGGUGGCACCCGCACGAGGCGGCGCGGCUCAUCCACGCCAUGGCGCUGCUGCCGGUGCACCUGUCCGGCGGCAACAACCGGUGGGAGGCGCUGCCCAUCGCGCUCAGCGAGCAGAGCUACGCGGUGGUGUCCAAGGGCGAGGCCAUCCGGCUUGCGCACGUGCCGGGGCGCGGGCCGACCGUGCUGCCGGCGAGCGAGGUGGUGGAGGAGGGGCUGGGGGAGGAGGAGGAGGGCCGGGGGGAGGAGGGGCUAGGCGCAGGUGGUGGUGGAGGCGGCGGCUUGCAUGGGCUGCUGGCGCGCGGCGGACUGCUGCCGAAUGGCAACAGAGUGACGCCGGAGCCAGGUGCGGGCAUCGACAUCCUGAGCGGCGGCGGCGCCACUGGCGGCAAGCGGCGCAACGCGUUCGCUCGCGGCCGCGACGUGGCUGCAACGGAAGCGCUCGGCUACGGCGCAGCCGCCGGCGCAGCCCCGCCAUCGCCCGGCGGCUGCGGUGGCUUCUUCGGCAGCGUCUUCGGCCGCCGCCCGCACCACGUACACCACUACUUUGGCCAUGCCGUCAGCGGCGGCGCGCAGCAGCAGCAGCAGCAGCAGGCGCUGGGUCGUGAGGACCUGCUGCUGGCUUGCGUGUUUCGGAGCCUGUGGCGUGUGCUGGCGCACUUCCUGCUGUGCUCCACGCGCCUGCCCGCCUACAUGGCGCACCUGGAGGAGCUGCGCUACCGCACCUACCUGUACGCGCUGCUGGGGCAGGCUUGCCAACUGGGCAGCAUACCCGUCGUGCUGCUGUUGGGUGUCGUGCUGGGUGUGCUGGGGCUGGUCUCCCGCGGCGUGCUGCGCACCGCACGGCUGCUGGGCAUGCCUUUGCUCCGGCUCAAGCUGUCGCGGCACGCGCACCCAGGCCACGACCAGGGCGCCAAGCCCAUGGCACUGGACGCGAUGCGCGGCAGUCUCAAGCUCAGCCUGGCACCCGGCGGCACGCACCGCGGCCGCCAGGCGCAGCACCGCGGCCGCCGGCUGCUGGCGGCUAUUCCGGGCGCGGCGGCGGCGGUGCGCUGGGGCCGCAGCCUGUGGACCCACCUGUCGCCGCCGGGGGUGCUGCUGGAUGCUGACCGGCUCACCGAGGCCUGGCUUGGCAUCACGCAGCACUGGUGGUACCGCACCCCGGCCCACGGCACAGCCGGCCUGCGCCACAUACGCGACAGCGAGUCAGGCGCCAGCCACCACCCCCUGUCGCGGGGCGCUGGUGGCGUGUCCGCCGGCGCCUCCCGCGCCAACCCCAGCAGCCAGGCCACGGCUCUGGGCGACCGCACGACACGUGUGGUGCUGCACCGGGUGCCGGUGCGCUGCACCGCCGCCAUGCCCGCGGAGCUGUUGUACCGGCUGGCUUCGUCCACACAGGUCAACGGCGAGGUGUUUGCGUCGCCAGGUGCGGCGGCCUUCAUGGUGUAUGCUUUCUCGCUGUCCUACCGCCCGGCCCCGUGUGGGUGGCCAUGAUCGGCGAGGCGCGCACGCUGGUGGUGCCCACCGAGCACUGCCGCCUGCCGCCCUCGGGGCUGCAGAGCUUCCUGCUGGCGGCGCUGGCGGUCAUGACGCUCAGCUGUGUGCUGAUGGAGGCGCGCCAGAUCCUGUUCUUCAAGCUGCGCUGGUUCCGGCUGUUGGAAGUUUACGGCUGUAUCCUAGCCGGAGUAGGGGCGGCUAACAGUCAGACUGCUU